UUUACUGAAUUUCUCAUCGUUUUUUAGGUUGAUGGACACCCCAUUUAUAGCAUGGCAACGCCUACCAUUGCAGGUGCAAAGGAGAUGUUAACUUACCUUGGUGCAGAGCAGACAUCAAAAGAAAGAGUUGCUAAGAGAGUGGUUUUAACUGAUCUGAGGGAAGAGGCUGUUGUUUAUAUUAACGGAACACCUUUUGUUCUUAGGGAAUUAGACAAGCCUGUUGAAUCCUUGAAGCAUGUUGGAAUCACUGGUUCAUUGGUGGAACACUUGGAGGCACGGUUAAAAGAUGACAUACUAUCUGAGAUUAGACAAUCUGGUGGUAGGAUGCUUUUGCAUCGUGAAGAGUAUAGCCCAUCUUUAAAUCAAGUUAGUAUCAUUGGAUAUUGGGAGAACAUAUUUGUAGAUGAUGUUAAGACUCCUGCGGAGGUAUAUGCAAGUCUGAAGUACGAAGGGUAUGACAUAAUCUAUAGAAGGAUACCAUUGACUAGAGAGAGAGAAGCCUUGCCUACGGAUAUUGAUGCUAUCCAAUACUGUAAGGACGGCGCUGCAGGAUCUUACCUUUUUGUAUCACACACAGGAUUUGGAGGGAUUGCUUAUGCAAUGGCUAUUAUUUGUUUAAGGCUUGAAGCUGAGGCUAAGCUGUCAUUAGAUAUUCAUCGACCAUUUGAAGGCACUGUGCUUCCAUGUCCACCUCUAGAGAGUUUCAAUGUUCAAAAUUCGAAUGAAGAAGCACGCAAAAUGGGUGACUAUAGGGACAUAUUAAGCCUCACUAGGGUUCUUGUGCACGGUCCUGAGAGCAAGACAGAUGUUGAUAUUGUAAUAGAAAGGUGUGCAGGUGCAGGUCAUUUGCGAGAAGAUAUAGUUGAAUAUGCAAAGGAGCUUGAAAAGAAUUUAGAUGAAGAUGAAGAACGUCGAGCAUACCUCAUGGAUAUGGGCAUUAGAGCUUUAAGGCGAUAUUUUUUCCUGAUCACAUUUAGAUCCUAUCUCUACUGCUGUUCUCCAGCUGAGAUAACAUUUAGUAAAUGGAUGGAUGCGAGACCUGAACUUGGCCACCUAUGUAAUAAUCUCAGAAUUGACAUAUAAUGAGGAUAGUGUCAACACAUAUCCAACAUUAGACUCCAAAGCUCUCUGUGCAUAUCUAUAAACAUGGGGGACAUGGAAUGAGAAAUUGCUGAUACUAGAUUCAUGACUUGUGGAGGAAGACAAGUUAUUGUCAUUCUUUGAAGGGAGCUGAUAGCUAAUAACAAUUAAUUCGUUCAGAUUGUAGACAUCUGUGCUGCAGCCAAGCAAGAGGAAGCAAACUGCAAGACUGUGGCAGACAGAAGUUGCAAUGAAUCAGAACUAUUCCCAUGUAUAACAUGAGGAAACAAAAGUUCGUAGGUUAAAGGGAGGUUCAAAGUUGCAAGUUAAGGAAUAUUUCAGUACUCUAUGGUCAACAUAUCGUAAAGCUGCUUUCAAACCAAUGUACGUGUAUAACUAGCUUUUGCUGUAGAAAUGCAGAAAAAUAUAAAAUAGUAUUCGAGCUGGAGAUGUAUGACAUGUUUGUGUUAUUAACUAUUGACAUGUAUAGAAGUUGCUUCAUAUGGACAUGGAUUUAUUUGUCUUGGCAUUCAUAGACAUAACUUUGCCUCAUGGCCAAAGAAAGGAAAAGAUGGUAUGAAAAUAAUUUGAGGAAAAAGAUGAUGCAAAUUACAGGCU